CGAAUUCUCGCGAUGUUUCCUGCUCGAGGGGAGUGUCAAAUUCCAAGAGAGAGGGAGGAGAGAGGAGCCAGAGUGAGGGGCGCAAGGUUACAUUGCAAGCUCUUUGCAAAAAUGGGAGACGACAGACCUUUUGUUUGCAGCGCUCCUGGCUGUGGACAGCGGUUUACCAACGAGGACCACUUGGCAGUACACAAACACAAGCAUGAGAUGACGCUGAAAUUUGGACCAGCCAGAACGGACUCUGUUAUCAUUGCAGACCAGACACCUACACCCACACGUUUCCUGAAGAACUGUGAGGAAGUUGGUCUGUUUAAUGAGCUGGCCAGUUCUUUUGAACAAGACGAAGAUGAAAAGAGGGCCAAGAACUCUCUUCCUGCAGCCAACUCUGGGGCUUUGGACAUGACCCUGCAGACACCAUCAGACGUAAAGGUGAAAGAGGAGUCACCUGUAGAGGUCGACUCCUCGUCACCAAGCAGUCCUGAAUCAAUAUCUGGGGAUUCGGACACACAACAAGAGCCGGCAGUUAAAGUAAAGAACACACCACCCAGAAAUUCAGCACCCACCCCAACCAUUGUGCGUCCAGUUUCCCUACCGCUGCACUUGGGCUUUGACUGUAUUCAGCCCACAAUGCCAUCACCUACUUCUGUCAUCACACAAGCACCACCUUCAAAUCGCACUUUGGGUUCGCCAACGAGCCAUUACCCCAUGAUGAUGUUUCCCUCUGGUCAGGCACUACCUGUGCUCCCUGGUCCUGUACAGAUCCCCUCUGUUAUUAAUCUGGCUCGACCUGUCUGUAUGGUACCCAACAUUCCUGGGAUCCCCGGUCCCCCACUGGGAGGCAGCAGUAGCGGCUCGAACUCCCCCUCUGGUUACAGCAUCCACUCAGAGGCGAAGAUGCGUCUGAAGGCUGCGCUGUCCCAGCAGAGCCCUUCAGGACACAGUUUUGGUGUUAUGGCCAUGGGCAGCAGCGCCAUGGUACCUCAAAAGGCAGAGCAGAGCCAGCUGCUUGUUCAACAACCAGAUGCUCCAUCACCUGCACAACCUCAGGUAUCUCCAGCACAGCCUACAGGUGGGCGUCGACGGCGGACAACAGACGAUGACCCAGAUGAGCGAAGGCAACGGUUCCUGGAGAGGAACAGGGCAGCGGCAUCGCGCUGCAGACAGAAACGCAAACUGUGGGUCAGUUCUCUAGAGAAGAAGGCUGAGGAGCUCAGCUCUCUGAACGUCUCACUGUCGAAUGAGGUGUCUCUGUUGCGAAAUGAGGUGGCUCAUUUGAAGCAACUGCUGCUGGCCCACAAGGACUGUCCUGUAACGAACCUACAGAAGAAGACUGCCUACUUAGCUACAGACGAGGGCAUAAAAGACACCUCUGAGCCAACAGGUUCCCCGGCUCCAGUGAUUCAGCACAGUUCUUUGGCGCACAGCCCCUCGGCAGGGCAUAACGGCUUGGCCUCAAGGGCAGCAGCUGAGGCCAUGGCUAUGUCUGUGCUGGCAGGGAUGGGCCAGCAACAGAGGGCUGAGAGUGGACCAUCUCACAUUAUUAUGGCUGCACAGUCUCAGUCUGCUGCCAGAUGAUGAGCCGUGCCAUCACAGCCAAAACACGGCUCAUCCACCCAGGGGUAGAAAAGACUCCCACUUUCUCAUUGUUUAAGUCCAUAUUUCACAUCUUCAUCUCUGCCCUUUCGCCUAUCCUCUUUUGAACCCUCUCACGGAGCCAACACGCUGCGGCCUGGAGCUCAGCAGCAGCCUUCUGUUAAUGGACUGAGACAUUUGAGAGAGCUUCCUGUUCACUUUGCCAUAGACUACAGGGGCUGGACUCCAUUACCCCCCCCCCCCCCCCCCACCCCCACCCCUUCUGCCUUUCUGCUCAUCUCUCUUCACUCUCUUUCGAAAUGACUCCUCAUUAGACUGUAAGGGACUGCAUCGAGUAAUCUGCUAUCAUGAACUUCCUGUGUGAACGCGUAUCCCACUUGUGCACAGUCCCAAACAUGCGAGUGUUACAUGAACAUUCAUGAUCAAAUCAGAUAUCAAACUAUACACAGAGAUUUGCACUGUUUUCAGCAGGGAAUAGUGUCUUGUGCUCUUUGACUUUUUGGCCACGCACACACCGAAACACCCUCGCAGCUUACAGCACGCCACCGUACAUCUCUCCCUACAUGAUGCUAUAGUUGUCUCGAGUUGCCUGACUCUGAAGAUCCAAUUUUCAAUUAUUGUCUCAGACCUUUCACAAAUGAUUACACCUCAAGGAGAUCUCAACACGGACCCAAAACCUUACCUUAUGUACACCUUUUUAUGAUAAAAAUGUAUGAAUUGUGUGUGAUUGUGUAUUUAUGUGCACCAGAACAUAGCAGUUUGCCUACUUCUGAUUUGAUGCAUUUUAGCUGGAUUGUUAGUAUGUGACCUUUUCUAAUUGGGUGUUAUGUUUCUGAUAAGGUAUGUGCAGCUAUAUACUUUUAAUUUAAUGGCUCAUCUUGUCCAGAUUAGUCCACACAACUAAAAUACAUUUCAUUGUGACUUAAAAUAAGAUUGCUAUGUGUGUGCGUGUGUGUGUGUGUGUGUAUAUAUAUAUGUAUAUGUAUAUGAAUACACACACAUCUAACCUGAAGGGAACUGGGCCUCUUCCAUCGAUCACAUAUUACUUAAGGAAACUGGCAGGCCGCUCAACUGCUUUCUAAGUUGUUUGGCUUUUACAUAACAUUGCUCUCAAUUGUGAUGUGCUGGCCCUGGACUUCAUGUAACUGUUAAUUUCACACUUCUCAGGAUGGCUGUACAUCCUUGCUGCUCUUUGGAAGUGCGAUGAACCUCUCUUUUUUUUUCUUUUUAAACCAAACCUAAACUAAGCCAUAAUGAUACCAAAACAGAUCUCUGGAUCGCCAAAGAGCACCUGGUCCUUGUGCUGGGACUUGAAGUACAUAACCCGACUGUUAUUUUGUGAAGCAGAAGUUGCAGUGACGCAAGCUAGAGUUUAUACUGCUUGUUACUUGUGGUUGGAGAGCCUGACACACAACAUCUGAUGACUUUGCCUUAAAAUCACAUUGGUGCCUCCAAUAUACCCAUUUUUAACAAAGAGAUUUGAUGAUUUCAUCAAUAUAAAUACAAAUUAAAUAGCAGACCUUUGGAGUAAUAUCCAUCCAUUUUAUAUAGCUGCUGUGUUUAUUUGAAGGUUGUGCUUGGCUGGAGCCUAUCUCAGCCGUCAUCAGACUUGAGGUGGACUUUACCCUAGACAGAUCGCCAGUUUAUCACAGGGCUCUUGGACAAAUAUAUUAGUCUUUAUUUGAUCAGAUUAUUAAAUAAAAAACAUGCAAUGACUAACAAAAUACCCAAUAACUUGCUGAAUAUUCCUCAAAACAUUAAAGCGUGGUGUUUAGUUCAUUCAUUAGUGUCUAAUUGUAGAAUACAUACUAAAAUGAUCCAGUACUUGCCUGUCAUCUGGUGGAGAAGUGCAGCAUGGGCAAUUUUAGCUUCAAAUGCUUCAACUUGUUAUGACCUGAUGCACCAUAAGUGUGCUUUUACCUUUUAAAACCUGGGCCAAAGCACAUAUACACAUACACAAUCACUCCCCUACCACUUUUAUAGGUAUGCCCGAUGUAACUAACAAAGUGACCUCUGAGUGUAUAUUUUAAUAUCGAUAAAUGUGGUGGAGAAGUCACUCAUUUGCAAUAAAACAUGAGGUUUAACCCCUAAAAUAGUUAAAUGUAAUGUAUGCAAUGGUUUACAUUUAGGAAAGAAACCCCAUUCAAACCUAAGGCUUUCGUUAAAAAGCCCUCUUAAAUGUGAGGCUUUUCUGAAUGCUGUAUUUGAGACUGUCUGAAAGGCUCCAGUUUUGUUUUUGUUUUUUAACAAUUCUCAAUAAAACAUUUCAUCCAGUUAGCAAUAUAUUAUUUCGCAUAAAAACACGGAAGCAGGUUGUCGACUUUUUUUUUUGUUCAUUUCUGUUCCUCUUUUGUCUGUUAAAAUGAUAUCUUUACUAGAUAUUUCAAAAGCAAGAGAAGUCCAUCAUCACAAGGACAUAUCUGUAUGCACUAAACUAAAGAGAAUUUAUUGUUGCUUUGUACUACUAUUAAUCUUUUUGCAGCUCUCUUGUCCUCUCGGUCUUUUUUAUUUUAAUUUUUUGCAGAGAUAUCAGAACUUUUUCUAUUAUUAUAAUUUUUUUGGGUCAUAUUUGUACUGUAUACAUUAAUGGGAAUUUGCUUAACUGUAAAAACUUAAACCUGCGACUGAAACCCCCCCUCCCCCAUCCUACAGUCCCCAUGGUCACCCCGACAUUUUGUUGUACGUGCUGGCGCUAUAUUUAGUCAGCAGUCCCAUACAGACGAUUGUUCAUAUGAAAUGAAAAUUCAAACUAUAUUUAGUUUUCAUGUUAGCGUUCAUGUUUUGUGUAAUUCGUGUCACUGGCACCUUUUAUGUAAUUUCUCUUCUUUUUCUUGUGUUCUAUUUUCAGCACUAUACAACCUUUCUCAUAACAUUUUUGAUUGUACUGGCAAAUAUAGAGACUAAUUACUUUAACAAAAAGUCUAUUUUGUUUUUUUCUAUAGGAAAAUGCAGACCUCUUUCAAAAAGAAAUGUCAUCACUAUUAUUAUUUCCAAUGAAUUUGGGGAUGUCUUUUGACUGGCCUUGUCUAACUUAUUUUUAUAAUUGGCAGUUUUUACAAUAUCCUAUUUUGGCUUUUUAUAUUACUUAAAAAUUGUUGUGAAAAGACCUGCUAAAUGAAACGGACGACAAUGUGAACGUUGCACAUAGUAUAUUAAUGGAUUUCCACACUCCCGAUGUAAGACUGAUCGUUUCAGAAAAUAUCUUGUAUAUAUCUGUACUAUAUGAAUAUAUUUACUUUUCCAUGCAUGUUCAAGUGGAAUAUCAUGAACACUUACAGUGCUGCAGUUUUGAUUAAAGAAACUACAUUUUAGUGAA